CUGCGUAAUAAAAGGAGAGGAGUGUCGGUAUCGUUAGAAACUUUCGACGACGCCGGCGGCGGCGGGGAACGAUGGCCAGCGAAGCUGAAAUCCUCCGACGCGACCGUCCUCCACCGCCCCUCACGGCCGAAGCCAUCAUCACUCUAGCACAGGACCCCUCUGCCACCCUCCCACCCGUCGCCGACCCAGCCGCCCUCCUCGCCCCUCUUGACCACCCAUUUCCCACCUUCCCAGUCUCCACCUACCUCUCCGCCCUCCUCUCUCUCCUCUCCCGGUCCCGGUCCCCUCCGUCCUCUUCUCUUCUCUCAUCUCUUCUCAUUUCCUUCCUCACCAUGUUCCACUCCCGUCGUUUCCCUCGCCACGACGCGGCUCUUCUCCUCCGACUCUUCACUCCGCACCUCUCCUUCCUCGACCGCUCUCAGAUCCUCGCCCUCGUCGACCUCAUACUUUCCCGUCUCUCCGAGAUUGCCGACCCUGAGGACGCCCUGCCCCUGGACCACCUUCCCCGACUCUUUGAACUCGCCGGAGUCUGCGAACCCGUCGAUCUGACCGUCGAAAGGCUCCUCGCUGCCGAGUGGUCCAAGGCUUUGUUGCUCAAGGUCGUGGCACUCCUCCGUGAACUGCCGCCAAUCGGCAGAGCUAGGGUUUCUGAUUUCCUAGAUAGGGUUUUUCUGCAGAUGAAAGGGGUCGACCUCCAGGAUUUGCCGUCUCUUAUCUACCAGCUUCUUCUGCUCGCCUCUAAGUGCAUACAUCGGAAGGAGGUGAUAAGGGGUAUUCUAGCGUUUUUGGGAAGCUGCUCGAAGGGUCGUCCUUCAAUCAUGAGACAGGUGGAAGGGACGAUUUUGAUGCACGUGAACUUCGCCGUGAAACAGGAUCCAUCGUUGGGGCAGGAGAUGUUGAUGGUUAUCCGAUCUGAUCUUCAGCUUCUUAACCACUUCGCAGUCACCGUGCUCUUCUCCAUGGCCAGGGUGCGCCGAUUCAACGAGAGCUCCAUUGUUGUUCUGAAAUUGGCGGUAGUCACCUCCUUGAGGAACUUUCGGAUCUCAAGGAAUAGCGAGUGGUUGCCAGAUAAACUAAGAGAAGAUUGCUUAGAAACUGCCAAAUUCGUAGAGAACUCAGUGCUCAAAGCUGUCAAUGAAAGCAACUCUGGGAGAGAGCAUGUUGUACCUAGCAUUGUUCAGUUUGGAUUUCUUUUGCUAGAAAAUGUUGAUGAUAACACCUGCAAACAAGUCUCUCCAGGUUUGAUGAAUAUUAGAGAACUCAGUAUACAAAUCCUGAGGACAGUCUUUGAGGUCCAUGACAUGUCAAGAAAUGAGAUAAUUGAGCAAUGCAAAUUCCGAAUUAUUUCUUUGAAGCCUCAAAAAAGCAUGCAGAUCAUUAAGUUGCUAAGUAAUUUGGUCCGAAGCUACCCUUAUGCAAUUCUACAAUAUGUAGCACAUUUAAAGGAAGCAUUGGACUAUUUCACUUUCCUGCAAGAGAUAGUUGCAGUAGCUCUCGUCGAUGCUAUCCUGCCACUUGUCAGAUUCUGCUCUGACCUCCAGGAUUAUAUUAUUUUGGUAGUUCGAAAGGCCAUGUUCAAACGAGAAGACACUAUUCGUAUAGCAGCAACUAUUGCUGUAGUUAAUCUGAUUUGCAUUGAGAGUAAAUCGAACAGAAAUGAAGAAAACAUUUUGCAAGAAUCGUCUAGCCAAGCAAGUUGUAGUCAGCAAGCAGAAAUACCUAGCAGGAGGGAGGGUAAUCUGUUCCUGGAACUAAGUGGAUUGUUUAGGAGAUGUCUUACCCAGCAGGUUAGAGUCAAAGAGAUAUUGUAUGAGGGUCUCGUUAAACUAGUCAUGUCAGACCCAUCAUGCACAAGCUCCAUCUUGGAUAUUCUCUGGCCUCAUUUCUUCCAGGUUUGCACAGAGGACAAAGAUUUUCCUCUUCAGCUUGAUUCUUGCUUCAGGUUGGAGAAUGGAAAAGUUCGCCAAGUAGAACCACUGGAUCACCUUUUGUCAUGCGUCUCUUGGAUACUUCAUCAGUCCCAUGGUGUUAAUCAAUCAGAAAAUUCAUGGCAGUGCUUUGGCUUCUCACUAACACAACAAGAGAAUGAGGCUGGAAAAGCAACAUCUGCAGAAUUAUUCUCAAAAGCCUUGUCUAAGAUCAGGAAAAAUUUAAAGAACUGCAAAUUGCAAGAUUAUGAAGUCCAGGCAGAAGAAUCUUCUCGUCAGCAUUUGCUGGAUGAGAAAAUAAUUUGCAAUUGUCAGAUUUUGCUUCGACUUAUUGAGGUCCUUGUUAAUAUUGUAGUUAUUGACCUGGAGAAAGCUGAGAGCUCAGAGAAGCUAGUGCUUGAGAAAGAAAUUAUGGAAUUUUCUGAAUUUUAUGAUUUCGUCGAAAAGGAAUUAAUUAAAAUUUCACAGAGGACAGGCAAUCGAAAAGGUUCUUCAAGCGACCUCUUGAAUAAGGUCAAUAGUGAGCUAAAAGAGAUUGCACAAGUAAAUCAAGCAAGAACCUUCUUUGCAACCACAACAGUUCACCAUCUUCUUGUUCUUUCCUUUAAUUCAUGCAAAAUUUAUUUUACAAGUAGACAAAAUGCUUCUCAGAAAAGCAGCGAGUCAUCAACAGCAGCCCUUUGUUUGAAGACAAUGUCCUUCAGCUUAAAAGUGUGCCUUCGCCAUCUGAAGUCUGUUUACUCAAUGAAACGUGAACAAAGUGGUGAUCCUUUCAGUGAACUGUUAUGUGGAGAUAUCAAAUGUCUAGGGAAAUCAGUAAUGCAGCUUGUGUUACAACUCAAGUCCACUGUUGAACAAGAGAAGGAUAUGAAAAAGAAAGAUGCCCAAGGGAAAAUAAGUAAUGGACAUGCAAGGGAUCUAUUAUUCUUAUCAUUGAUGUGCUUGAUUGAGUUAUUUAAGAUGAAUUUAUCUGAGGAUAAUCUGUAUGAAUUAGUUACUGAUUUGCUCACAGUGAAUUCUCUAGAUUUGUAUUUGCAUGCAAAAGAUGCUGCUGCUGAGGACAUUAAUCAGAACAAAAACUUUGUAGAUGACUAUCAAAAUAUGAGUUGUCUGCAUUUGUUUUUAGAGAAAGUAAUAGAGCCAUUGCAUUCCUCACUUCUAGACCAGUCACUUUUUCAGGAAUGCGAGGUGCUUGCCGAAUUAUUGUUGAUUACUGGAAAAAUGUUGCCACCGGGAAAAAGGAAUUUCCAUGGAAGUUGGGCUAUGAAAAUAUGCCAGAGCAGAAAAGUGGAAAAUCCUGGCGCAGCACGAAGUGUCUUCUCACUAGCUAUUCAUCUGACACCAACCCAACCUGAUCUCACUGUUGCAAACGACAUGGCUACAGAACUGCUGAAAGUUAUGGGAUCUGAAGAUAGUGAGCCUGAAGAGAUGUCUGUAAAGUUCCCAGUUAUUAAUCAAUCAACAAGAAAUGCUAUCUCUACUAUCAUUUUACAAGUGGCUGAAUCUUGUCUUGGUGACUUGGACUGGGUCAUCUCAAAGAUUAAGGCAAUUUUUGCAUACAACCGUGAACAACCUGGUCUGAUGACUAACCUUCAAUUUGGUGAAAAAUUGUCAGGACUUGAAUUGGAAGAUGUCCUCUGUGCAAGAUCAGAAUCACUCGUGUAUUUAUUAUCUUCUUUUGUGAUGAUGAACCUUAAAGACUCACGAGCAGAGCAGUUACUGAAGGUUGCUACUAGGUUUUACAAAAUUUUGGCUCUUGUUGCAAAGCUUCAGAUUGCUCCAAAAGGUUGCAAACAAUUCCUACCUAGCCGAAGGUUUCAGAAGUUAACAGAAGUGACAUGCACACGGCUAACAAGUCCUCUAUACGGUUUCGUAGCUCUUGUUCAAAGGAAUCAGCAAGAAAGAGCUUCACAAAGGGGAAUCAUCAACAAGAUCAAAAGGGAAAAUAGAUGUAUUCCUGAUUUGAUAUUCCAGAUUGAAGAUUAUGAGAAAUAUCUCAUUCAGCUUAGCAAAAUGACUAAAGUCAAUUUGUUGAGGCACGCCAAGCGCAGCACGGCAAGGGAUUUUAAGAUUUUGGAAACCAAAAAGGUUCCAGUGGAAGAAGAGGCACCAGAGCAUGAGCCUACUCCAUCCCAUUCUACAUCUGAGAAUGAAUUGAACAGAGAAUCUGAAGAGACUGAUGAUGAUAAUAUACCCAAGCGUGCUUCUCCUGAACCCAUCAGGGAUAUUGUUGAUGAAGAUUCUGAAAAUGGCGGAGAUGAUCAAGAGAUAUUGAUAAGAAAGAAGAGAGCAAAGAUGCGCAAGGUUGUAGAAAACUCUGAUGCCGAAUCAUGAGAAUUCAGUAUUCACUAGAAUGAACCUGGAUUUAGCAGAGAUGUGUAAGAUGGAUUUCCCAGGUUUUACUUCCAAAGUCAUGUAUGCCUAUUUAGUUAUCUGUUGAUACUGAGUGAGAAUACAAGAAAGUCAAAAAUCAUAAAUAUCAAGAAAGGCAAAAAAUUCAACUUCUAUCUCAACUCUCUCUAAGCAAGAUUGUAGGAUUGCAAUGAUUGCAAACUUGAACAUGCCUAUGGCAUCCCA